UAUUUACAAAUGUUCAACUAAUUGCUAUUCCUUGUGUUUUUAUUUGCUUGUAAAAAUUGCGUGUACAAUAAAAAUCAAUGCAAUUCAAACUUUUAAUUGUUUUUACAUUGUUUACAACAAUCUCAACAAUCAGUAUCAAAAGUUUGGUGGAUUUGCCAUUGAAAGUACCUGAAGGAAGUUACGUGAUUAAUGCUACACUAACUGAUGUCAAUGGAUUUAAAAAGUAUUUUAUACAAGAGUUGAUAUCAUCUUCUGGUUCAACCAUUAAAGGUAAAAUUUUGAUCUCAAGUGAUACGGAUUCUUACUCAAUACAUUAUCAUGCUGAUUCUCAAACUGGUGUGGACAGUAAGGAACGGUUGGUUAUUCAAGGUACAAAUUGUUUACUAUUCACUUACAAGAAAAGUUGGGAUAAAACUUUACCAGGAAUCAACAAACCUUUACUCAACCAGAUUCUUUUAAUGGGACCUUCGAUAUUAUACCGAAUAGAUCAUUCGUUGCUUGUUUGGACAUCAAACCUUCCACGGUUUAAAAGCGUAAGAGGAACCAUGAUGAUGAGCGCAACAUCAGAGAUGAACGAAAGACUGAAAAUAACUUAUUAUUAUAAACAUAAUUUGUAUGACGAAACUGGAAUUAAAAGUCCAAAACGAAUUGAAAUUAAUGGUUAUGAUUCAAGUCCCUUUGCAUCCAAAGAGAAUAUCAUUUUAGAUAUUUACGUUCAGAACGAGAACACCGUGGAUCAACUCCAGAAUCAAGUUCAACCUUUACCCGGAAUCGGAUGUCCACACUACUUAUCAGGAAAUAAAGAUCUACCCGCUCUGAGGAUUUUUCACUUGCAUUAUACCAUGCAAGAAAACAUUCAAGGUUCAACUACUUCUCGAUCAUUUAAUGAGAUUCAUGCUGCACAAUUUUACAAUUAUUUGAGCUUAAAGACAACAUUGCAUGGUGCAACAACAGAAACGAUCAAUGAUUAUCGAUUCGGAGUUUCUUUUCCGAUUGAUUCUGAUGGAAUUUAUGUAGCAACAACUAUAGAAACGAAUGCGCCUGGAGUCAACAUGCAUAGUUCAUUCACUUUGACUAGUCUUUUUAUGCUCGAUGGUAGCUUUAAAUAUCUUGGGAAACUCAACUUGGAACAUCGAUCUGGAGUCCCUGUUGAAGUAUGGGAAUCAGUUCAAUUUAAUGUUAACAUCAACGGAAAGAAGGUGGAUAAAGCAGUCAUUACUCAAUAUUUUGCUCAAUCGCAACAUGAAGACAUAUUUUGGGACUAUUCUCUUGUCAGUACCAAGAUCUCCAUCUAUGAUUAUGAUCAAUCGAAAAAAGUUUACACUUGGAAGGAUGGUAUCACGAGAGAUUACAUGAACUUUCAAGAGGUUCGAUCCGUCGAGAGUAUCCGUUCAUUGACAGAAGCAGUUGACUUUAAUAGUGAUGGUAAAUUGAUCCUUGAUUUCAUCUUAGAGUGCGAUGAUUUAGAUCCUGCAUACACUUCGUGUGUCAAACACACAGAGAAUCGUGUUAACUGGUUGAAAGGAGACUUCCUUUAUUAUGUUCUUCUAGGUAGACCAGUCAGCAUACUACGAAUUAGUGAUAUUCAAUAUCGCUUCACUGAUACAAAAGUCGAGAUGGAAGUAACAUUUGUCAAUCUACCGCAAUACAAUUUCAACUCUAAAUUUAUGUCUGUCAGCCAAGAAACAUUAGCUAAGAUGAAAAAAACUAAGGCUGACAGUGAAGACGAAUGCGUGAGAAAACUAUCGAGUUAUCAAGAGACAAUCAAGGUUAUCAUCUACAUAGCCUCGAAUCUUGUUUGUGGAUACUUGAAUAAUCUCGAGGAUCUCAAAGAAGAUCUCAAGCUCGGAGAAGCAUCCAGCGUCUUCCAAUUCCCACUGAGCAAUUUGCAUCGAAUAAAGCAAGAGUUACCACUUGACCAGAUUCAUGAUGCAUACUUGCAAGAUGUUGGUCAAACAUACGAAUUGUUUGACGGAGAUAUGCCUGUAACUUUUAAGAUUAUUGAUGUUAUCGACGUAACUAAAGAGGGAACUGCUCCGUAUGAUGAUAUUGCUUCUCAACUUAGAUGGGAUGCAAAGUUGAAAAUCGAUGAUCAAUCCACUCUGUCUGUACUAGAUGUAAAAACUUUUGCUGAUUGUUACCGAAACUGUCAUGAUUCAGAUCAAGUUUCGUGCAUUACUUUUUCAUUUUGCAACACUGGUGGUGUAACUGAGUGUAGAGUAAGCAGCUUGCAGUCUUCGGACAUUAUAAAUCGAAACUUGCAUACUGAAAAUGACAUCCAUUGUACAAUUUUCUCCAUAAAUAUUCUCAACGAUUAUUCAAUAGUGUUCAAUAGAAAAUUUAAAACUCAGCAUUCAACUGGGGUUCUAACAGAUCCGCAUUCUUGUGCAGAAUCUUGUCAUGCUUCGUCUGAUUGCAUAUCAUUUCAAUACUGUGGAGGUUCUUGCAGCUUCGGUGGUUUAUUCACAGAUGCAGAUACUCAAUAUGAUGAAGAAUGCACAAUAUAUUUUCCCAAAGCAGCUGAAAAAUACCAAAAAACGGGAAACAAAAUAGUAUCAGAUGUGAUUAGUACCGAAACCAAAUUAACUUUAGAACAAUGUGCUUCAUUGUGUCUUCGAUGGUCUGAUGGUGACACUAGAUGUAAAUCAUUCAAUUACUGUCCUAAGAGUAGAACAGAAAGUUCUUGUUCCCUGACUCAUUUUUCAGUCAAAAAUCCUGAUACCAAAACCAGUGAUGGUGGUAAAUGUUCAAACUACGAGUUGAAAGCGAGAUCGAGUGGAAAGAAACAAAAAGAAUCCAGUUCAACUGAAGUAGUUAAAGGGACAACAGGAUCAGGUGCUUUUGGUAUAAUUAUACUGUUCCUGUUUGUCGGUGCUGCAUUGGGAUUCAUAACUCCUUUUGCUUACGCAAAAGUUAAACAAAUGCGUGAAGCUUCAAAGGUCAAUAUAGAUUUCACUUGGAAAAGACAAAUAGAUGAACAAAUUGGAGAUAUUCAUUAAAUCUUUUAUUAUAAAAAAGUGUUGAAUCGUUGAUUCAUAAUAAGGUUGACCAGAAAGUUUUUCUGAAAAUUAUGCUUAUAAAUCAAUGAUCAAUUAAAAUCAAGUUUAGAUGAA